AUGGGCAAAUCAAUCAACAUGCCCGGUGGCGCCGUCGUCUCCUCCAACGACGCUGAGAAUGACCGCGUCGAGGCCCCGGUCACAUUCAAGGCCUACAUGGCCUGUGCCUUUGCCUCGUUCGGUGGUAUCUUCUUCGGUUUCGACUCUGGUUACAUCUCCGGUGUGCUUGGCAUGAAGUAUGUCAUCUCGCUCUACACUGGUCUCCCCAUCCCCGGUCCCGACGCUUCCCAGGAGGAGCUCGACAAGUUUGUCCUCCCCGCGUCUCGCAACUCGCUCAUCGUCUCGAUCCUCUCGGCCGGUACCUUCUUCGGCGCCAUCAUUGCUGGUGACCUCGCCGACCACGUUGGUCGUCGUACUACCAUCAUUGCGGGCUGUGGCAUCUUCAUCGUCGGUAUUAUCCUCCAGGUCGCCUCGCACGGAUGGCAGGUUCUUGUCGCCGGCCGUCUCGUCGCCGGUUUCGGUGUCGGUUUCGUCUCGGCCAUCAUCAUCCUCUACAUGUCCGAGAUUGCGCCCCGCAAGGUUCGUGGUGCCCUCGUCUCGGGUUACCAGUUCUGCAUCACCAUUGGUCUGCUGCUCGCCUCGUGUGUCAACUACGCCACUGAGAACCGCCGCGACACUGGCUCGUACCGCAUCCCCAUUGGCCUCCAGUUCGCCUGGGCCCUCAUCCUCGCCGGCGGUCUCUUCCUGCUCCCCGAGUCGCCGCGUUACUUUGUCAAGAAGGGCCGCACCGACAAGGCCGCACAUGCCCUCUCGCGCAUUCGAGGCCAGCCCGAGGACUCGGAGUACAUCCAGGAGGAACUCGCCGAGAUUGUCGCCAACCACGAGUACGAGAAGCAGCUCAUCCCCUCCGACACCUACUGGUCGUCGUGGGCCGCGUGCUUCUCCGGUGGUCUCCGUCGCCCCAACUCGAACCUCCGUCUCACCAUCCUCGGCACCUCGAUGCAGAUGAUGCAGCAGUGGACCGGUGUCAACUUCAUCUUCUACUUUGGCACCGUCUUCUUCCAGUCGCUCGGCACCAUCAAGAACGCCUUCCUCAUCUCGCUCAUCACCACCCUCGUCAACGUCUGCUCGACCCCCCUGUCGUUCUGGACCAUUGAGCGCUUCGGUCGUCGUCCCCUCCUCAUCUGGGGUGCCCUCGGCAUGCUUAUCUGCGAGUUCAUUGUCGGCAUCAUCGGUACUGCCAAGCCCAACGACACGACUGUCGCAAAGGUCCAGAUUGCCUUCAUCUGUAUCUACAUCUUCUUCUUCGCCUCCACCUGGGGUCCCGGCGCUUGGGUCGUCAUUGGCGAGAUCUUCCCCAUCCCCAUCCGUUCGCGUGGUGUCGGUCUCUCGACCGCCUCCAACUGGCUCUGGAACUGCAUCAUCGCCGUCAUCACCCCCUACCUCGUCGGCAAGGACAAGGCCAACCUCGGCUCCAAGGUCUUCUUCCUCUGGGGCGCUCUCUGCACCUGCUGCUUCGUCUACGCCUACUUCCUCGUGUGGGAGACCAAGGGUCUCACUCUUGAGCAGGUUGACCGCAUGAUGGAGGAGGUCGGCUCGCCCCGCCACUCGGCUGGCUGGAAGCCCUCUGCCCGCUUCGCCCACGGCCUCGCCGCCGAGGAGAAGGCGAUGGCUCCCAUGCAGAAGGAGGUCGCUGGUGGCGACUACGCUGGUGCCGGUGCCUACGUGCCCGGUGGCGGCGCCGCCUAAGUCUUUGGUAGUACCAGAAGUCUGUGUAUUCAUAGUCCCGUGUGACUACAAUGCAAACCUAAUAUGUGCGACACA